AUGGCCUCUGUUGUAUCUGACGCUAGAAUUGAUUAUCAAGGAAUGGAAAAAACACAGGAACGGGAAUGCGGUCAAAUCACAGCUUGCCAAUGGCCCAAACUUACAAUUACACAUGUAGAUAUGCCAAAAGGUGCCAAGAUCUGGUGUGAUCUGUCAACAGGAAAAAAUUGUCCCUUCGUUCCUUCCGCCAUACGGAAAUUGUUAUUAAAAGCCGUUCAUAAUUUGGCACAUCCAGGUCUACGUCCGUCCCGUAAACUACCCGUAAGCCUUUUUUUCUGGCCAGCAAUGCAAACAGACAUCGGCAAGUGGACUAAAGCCUGUCCAGUUUCCUAA